CAUUUUAUUUGUUGCUUACAGCCUGCAAGCAAAAAAUAAAACGGCAUUGGUGGAGGGGGGGUUUUGGGGGUAAUCUAUGCUACAAAUCUGUGAGAACUGCUGCAGCUACAUAAUGUGGGGGAACUGCUACCUAAUAUAGGGAAACUAUGCUACAAAUGUGGGGGAACUAUGCAACCAACCUAAUACUUUGUUUUUGGUUGCAUAGGCAGCCCUGGGUGCACGUGAUUGGAUCCUUGUCACAACAGGACUCUAGGUCUCAAAAUGUCUGCUAAAAAGAGAAAGGUAGAUGCUGAAUGCAGAGUCUUCCAAAAGAAUUGGACUGCUAAGUAUUUAUUUACCGAAAUCAGAGGUAAAGCCGCGUGUUUAGUUUGCGGGGAGCAGAUCGCCGUUUUUAAGGACUACAAUUUGAGUCGGCAUUACGAGACAAAACAUGCUGCAAAAUAUAAAAACUUGACUGACGCAGAAAGGGUGCAGACUUCGGAAGCUUUGCUAGCUAAGUUGCAAAAGCAGCAAGGCUGUUUUACAAAACUUCACGCAGCCAGGGAUGCAGCAACCCAGAGCAGCUUUGUGAUAUCCCACAAAAUCGCGAAAUACAGUAAGCCGUUCUCAGAGGGGGAGUUUAUCAAAGAGUGCUUGGUGGACUCUGCAGCACUAAUAUGCCCUGAAAAAAAAGCGGCAUUUGAGCAAGUCCCGCUGUCCAGGCGAACCGUGACUAGAAGGAUCGAGGACAUUGCGGGGAAUUUGGAGCUUCAGCUGCAACGUGAAGUGGCACGUUUCGACUUUUUCUCCUUGGCUUUGGACGAAAGCUGUGAUGUCCGCGACACAGCCCAGUUACUUGUAUUCGUCCGCGGGAUAACCCCCGAGUUCAAGAUUACGGAGGAGCUGGCAGCAAUGCGGUCGAUGAAAGGAACGACGACAGGGAGUGAUCUGUUCACGGAGGUAAAUGAGUGCAUGGACAGGCUGGGACUGAAAUGGGACAGACUGACAGGCGUCACAACGGACGGAUGUCCAAAUCUCACCGGAAAAAAUGUUGGACUUUUGAAACGUAUGCAAGAUAAAGUGACUGAAAUCGACAUGGAUCAGAAACUGGUAUUUUUGCAUUGUAUUCUACACCAACAUGUGUUAUGCAAAUCAGUGCUAAAAAUUGACCAUGUCAUUGAUGUUGUUACUAAAAUAGUAAACUUCAUCAGGGCAAGAGCAUUGAACCACAGACAGUUUGUCGCACUAUUGGAGGAGCAUGAGACCGAGCAUCGUGACAUCGGCUACCACACAGCUGUCAGAUGGCUCAGUCUGGGAAAAGUGCUAAAAAGAGUCUGGGACCUGAAAGCAGAGAUUCGAGAGUAUUGUGAGAAGAAAGGCAAAGACUUCCCUGAGCUCUCAGAUGAGGACUGGAUGGCAGAUUUUGCAUUUUCUGUUGAUGUGACUGCACAGAUGAAUGAACUGAACACCAAACUGCAAGGCAAGGGCCUUUUUGUUCAUGAAAUGCACAGCCUGGUGAAGGCUUUCAUGACAAAGUUACAGUUUCUUUCAAGACAACUGGAGAGCAACAAUAUAACUCACAUGCAAACCCUGAAAGAAGUUACACCACCAGCUGAUCACCUCCACAGGUACUCAUCCAUGUUGGGAGCAUUGCAUGGUGAGUUUUCAAGGCGAUUUGAAGAUCUCAGACAAAUCGAAGACAAAAUGUGCCUGAUUUCCUCUCCCUUUACCUGCAGUGUGGAUAAUGCACCCAGUGAUGUUCAACUGGAACUCAUCGACCUGCAGUCUGAUGCAGUACUGGCAGAGCACUUUAAGUCAAGAUCUCUGCUAGAUUUCUACUCUUCUCUCAAGGAGGAGAACUUUCCAAACUUGAGGAGACGUGCUCAGAAGAUGUUGGUUCUCUUUGGCUCUACAUACGUAUGUGAACAAACAUUUUCAAUGAUGAACUUCACGAAAUCCAGGUAUAGAUCCUCUCUCACUGAUGAUCAUCUGUCAGCUGUGCUUCGCAUUUCCACCUCAGACAUUCAACCUGACUUCGAUGCACUUGUUAAAGCCCAGCAGAGACUAGAUUUCUCUCACUGAACAAGAAAAGAGAACUUAAAACACCAAAGACUACAAAUGUUGUUAGUAGUGAAAUGUUGUUAGUAGUGAUGUUUAGUGACAGUUCAAUAUGAUGUAUCUUGCUUAAAGGGGUAGUUAACUGAAAAACAUUUUCUUUUAAACAUUGGGGGAGAUUUAUCAAAACCUGUCCAGAGGAAAAGUUGCUG